AUGCACAAGAGCCACAACCGCCUGCAGGACGAGCGCCGCGAGGAGACGGCUCCACGUUGGGCCACUAAGCCGGACCGACCGUGGCAGGACAGCGCGGAGGACGACCUCGCGCGGGGACUCGGGGCCCAGGCGAGCAGGCAGCUCGCCUCACGUGGAGGCCAAGACUCGUGUUCAGGAGCGGGCAAGGAAUAG